AUGUCCGCCAUUCGUUAUCACUUAGCCUCGAGUCCUGUGUACGGAGGUGGUUUAGGGCUGGCCAAUGAUCUACAAAAUGAGCAUAGUAUUGUGGGAAAUUUCCCGGAUGUGCUGAUGCUCCACCACUUUGGCGAUGAACAACAAAGAGAAACCUUGAUUCCUGCACGUCUGCGAGGAGAGUUCCGAACAACAUUCGGCCUUACUGAGCCCGAUCACGGAAGUGAUGCAACAUUCAUGUCUACUACCGCGCAUCAAAUUCGGGGAGGGUUCGAAAUCACAGGGGCAAAGAAGUGGCAGACAGGGGCGCAUCACUGUACCCACUUUCUCAUCUUUGCGCGAACUUCUGGCCAAGCAGGAUCAGCACAAGGCAUCACUGCCUUCUUGGUUCCUCGUGACACAGAAGGGGUUCGCAUCGUUAGUUAUGAGUGGACAUUGAACAUGCCCACCGACCAUGCAACGGUGGAGCUGAAUAGUGUAUGGGUUCCUAGAUCGGCGGUUUUGGGAUCGGUCGAUCGGGGACUAGCCAUCGCCCAAACAUUUGUGCACGAGAAUAGAAUUCGUCAAGCAGCCAGCUCCUGUGGGGCCGCGCGAUACUGCCUGGACCGAAGCAUCGAGCGCGCACGGGCACGGAAGAUAUGGGGAGAAGGGAAAUCUUUGGCUAAUAAUCAGGCUAUUCAGUUUCCGGUAGUUGAGCUGAUGACACAGGUGGAGAUGUUGCGACUGUUUAUCUUAAAGACAAGCUGGGAGAUGGAUCGUAUUGUGGCGGAGUGUCAGUCGUCCGAAACCCAGUGGCCGCCUUGGGUUGAAAUUGAGCGUCGUCUUUCCGAUCAGGUGGCCAUGUGUAACUUCUGGGCAAAUCGCUUAUGCUGUCAAGCUGCCGACCGAGCAAUUCAGAUUCACGGAGGUGAUGGGUACUCUCGUCAUUAUCCUUUCGAGCACAUAUAUCGUCAUUUCCGUCGGUAUCGGAUAACGGAAGGUGCAGAGGAGAUUCAGAUGCGCAAGAUUGGGGCAUACAUAUUUGGAUUUGCUGGCCCAAAGAAAAAGGACAUGGAAUAUGCCGAGAGGUCCAAGGCUAAGAUUUGA